AGGCGCGGUGCCCCCCAACUGCCUCCCCGUGUCGCUCCCGCACGGCUUCCCGACGAUGCCCCCGCAGCAGGCGCCGACGAAGCCCAAAACGCGCCGCCGCAGGACCUGGACGCGCCGCAAGGCCAUCGUGCACACUUGCUCGCACAACGGCUGCGCCAAGACGUACGCUAAGUCGUCGCACCUGAAGGCUCACAUGAGGACGCACACGGGCGAGAAGCCGUACACGUGCGACUGGAAAGGCUGCGGCUGGCGCUUCGCGCGCUCCGACGAGCUCACGCGCCACUACCGCAAGCACACGGGCGACCGCCCCUUCCAGUGCCGCCUGUGCGAGCGCGCCUUCUCGCGCUCCGACCACCUCAGCCUGCACAUGAAGCGCCACAUGGCGCUCUGAGCGACGCGAGUCCCUCUCGAAGGCUCAAGUGGGACUUCCGAGUGCCGAUUCCGUCUCUGUUGCUCGCAGCGCCGACACGAGUGCCUAAACACGAGUGCCUAACCUUUAACAGCGUCCUCACCAAGUGCCAUAUGUACUUAGCCUUAAGCACACCACCAAUAACCCCGAAAGCAAGCAGAAUAAAAACCUCAGCUUCAGUCAACGAAGUGCCAAAAAGAGAGCAGAUAGUGCCACGACUACCUCUUCCCCAGGGCACACUUCGCAGGUCCUCCUCACGCCUCCCGAAGGCUUCAGGAACUUCCCCUUCAGAAUAGCCUCGACGUCCUAUCCCUUUGCAUCAGGAG